AAAAACGAGAACAAACAAACCUUUUUUAAUACUUUUUCUAAGUGUAAAUAAAAGAUUGAAGGAAAACAAAACAAUAAAAAAAGUAAACAAUAAUUUUCAAUGAUUAUUUCGGUAAUUUUUCAAACAAUCGGUAAAAAUGAAUAUAGCCAUUAAAUCCGAACCAGACAUACUUGAGGAAACCAUUUCUCAAUCCUUUGAAUUUAUCGACGAAAAACCAGAUGUUAACACUAUCGCAUGCACAAAUAUUAAGAAUAAUCUACAGCAGCCAGCAGCUCCUAGAAAGACCCAACCGUCAAAAAAUCAAACGAAAAAUAGAAAUCUUAAACAAAUAGACAAAAAUAAAAACGCGAAUAAAUUUACACUUUAUGUAAAGAAUAAAUUCAUAGAAGCAUUUCAACAGGAAGGCUGUACGCCAAGUACAGUGGAGAAAUAUGCAAAUAUCUACAAUGUCAAAGUGGAGACUGUAAAUAAAUAUUUUGGUGAGGCCGCCAAAGAAGCCCAAAAUAAUGUUUAUCAAGAAUGUGAUUCCUUGAGUUUUAGUAACAUUUCUGAGUGGCUUAAAUAUUUUCCAAACAACUGGUGUUUCCCAGGAAUGCAACUAUGAACCGGCUGGUUCUUAAUGAAUGCUAUAAGCCAAAUAAUGAAGAUCAUCCACCAUGAUCCGGAGUCAAUAAGUGGCAUAGAUUUACAAGCAAUUUACCACUUUCUGGGUAACGCUCUCAUGGGUCUACCUCAAAACCCAUUAGAUGAAAUUUCUGCCAAAUUUUUAGCUAAUGAAUUCCAGAAUCUAAUAAAUGAGGCAAACACUGACAUGGCCGAUUAUGAUGUACGAAAUAUGAAGAGAGAAAUUGAAAACUCUUUGAUAAAUAAAACAAAUCGGAAAUUUCGCAGUUUAGAUCCAUUGAAUACAGAUACACAGCAAUUAGAAAGAAUGUCUAUAGCAAAAGUUAAUUGUAAUAAUUUAAAGAUGGAAAAUGUUGCAACAAAGUUGGAGAAAUAA